GAGGCCGGCGGGGCGGGAGGCACCGGCGGCGACGUAGUUCAGGGGACAAUAACGUUCAGUCAUCGGCCUGGAAAGCGGCUGAACAGGACGUGCAGGAUGAGCAGGCCGGACAGGACGUGCAGGCCAGACAGGACGUGCAGGAUGAGCAGACCAGACAGGACGUGCAGGCCAGACAGGACGUGCAGGCCGGACAGGACGUGCAGGACCAGAUGGCAUGGGGACCUCAGGCGCAGACGAAGCUAGACGGCGCAAGGGAGGACCAUGCGACGCCGAAGGCGAAGACACGGAGGCUGGACCAGGCUGGACCAGGCGAAGCUGAAGACUCGGAGGCUGGACCAGACGAGGGCGAAGACUCGGAGGCUGGACCAGACGAGGGCGAAGACUCGGAGGCUGGACCAGACGAGGGCGAAGACUCGGAGGCUGGACCAGACAAGGGUGGCGCUGCAGGCGACAGCGUGGGAGCCGCAGGUGGUGGCGCUGCAGGCGACAGCGUGGGAGCCACAGGUGGCGGCUGGAUGGGCCCCUAUGAGGAACACCCAAGGCAGGUGUUCCGCGUCACCGGUGCCCCAGCACCCUCUCCCGAUCCAGGAGGGACAUACAGCAUUCCGCGCUCAGCGGUGACGUGGGGUCGUCCGACGCUGACUCCGGGGAGUCCUUCAUGGGAGGCCCCGCCGGCUCCGGAAAUUUCCCCCAUGGGUGAUUUCCCACUGGAGCAGUCUCGUGAUGACACCCUACGCUCAGCCUUUGACCAGGUGAUUGAGAUUGAUGGUCACGUGGUGCGCCCUGAAGUCGUGCGGACCUACCCGCGCUUCAUUUUAUUAAAAGAUUAUAUCGAGUGA